AUGGCAGCUCGGACAGGUCAAAGAGCCCUUAAAAAGGUGGUCUCGGGAUGCAGUCCGAAGUCGGCGGCAGCCGCCAGAGCCCCGGCUCCAGCGCAGGUGCCUGCGAGGAAUGUCAGUUAUUUAGCUUCCUGUGGUAUACUGAUGAGCAGAACUCUUCCACUGCAUACCUCACUUUUGCCUAAGAAGAUACAUGCAAGAACCUUCUUCAGAAUUGCUGCACCAUUAAUAAACAAAAGAAAAGAAUAUUCAGAAAGGAGAAUUAUAGGUUAUUCUAUGCAGGAAAUGUAUGAUGUAGUAUCUGGAAUGGAGGAUUACAAGCAUUUUGUUCCUUGGUGUAAAAAAUCAGAUAUAAUAUCAAGGAGAUCUGGAUACUGCAAAACACGAUUGGAAAUUGGGUUUCCACCUGUACUGGAGCGCUACACAUCAGUAGUGACCUUGGUGAAACCUCAUUUAGUGAAGGCAUCCUGUACUGAUGGGAAGCUCUUCAAACAUUUGGAGACUGCUUGGCGUUUUAGCCCAGGUCUUCCCGGCUACCCAAGAACUUGUACUUUGGAUUUUUCAAUUUCUUUUGAAUUUCGCUCACUUCUACACUCUCAGCUUGCCACAUUGUUUUUCGAUGAAGUUGUAAAGCAGAUGGUGACUGCCUUUGAAAGAAGAGCGUGUAAGCUGUAUGGUCCAGAAACAAACAUACCUCGGGAAUUGAUGCUUCAUGAAGUUCAUCACACAUAA